GCUUAAGCAAACUGGCGGCGGGUUCCCGUCACGUGACCCGUCCCCGCUGCUACGUGGCGUGGUGAGGUCAGACGUUGCGAGGCGCCGCCGCCGGCUUGGCUGCCCGCCCGCCAUCUUGGCCCGCUCUGUGUGGAAGCGGCUGGGGCGGUUGUUCCGGCCUCGUCCUCGGGGUAAGCAAAGGAGUUCCAGAUUCGAUGAACUGAAAUGUCGGAAAAGUCAGGGCAGAGCACAAAAGCAAAGGAUGGAAAAACCAAAUAUGCUACCCUUAGUCUAUUUAAUACUUACAAGGGAAAGACUCUGGAAACACAGAAGGCUACAGUUACCGCACGCCAUGGAUUACAGAGUCUUGGAAAAGUUGCCAUUUCACGGAGAAUGCCUCCCCCUGCUAACCUCCCCAGUCUUAAAGCAGAAAACAAAGGCAAUGAUCCUAACAUAAACAUUGUGCCUAAAGAUGGCACAGGAUGGGCUUCUAAACAAGAACAACAUGAAGAAGAAAAACAACCAGAAGUGCCACAGAUCCAGCCAAAGCCUGUAGUUCCUGCUCCUCCAGAAGUGACUCCUGUUGCCAAAUCAUGGGCCAAUACCAAGCAAGGUGGGCAGGGAGAUGGUCCUGGAGUUCAAAUAAAUAGCUAUUUCCAGCAAGAAUUUCCUAGCCUGCAGGCUGCUGGAGAUCAAGAAAAGUCAGGUAAAGAGAAGGAGGCAGCUGAAGAGCCAUAUGGACCUGGGCCCAGUUUACGACCACAAAAUGUGGCUAGCUGGCGAGAAGGUGGAGGUAGGAAUCUGAACUCUCCAAACUCGCCAAUGGAUCAAGAGGCAAAACCUCCUGGUCAAGAAGAUAACAAUGUGCCUGGAUCAGUAGAACAGACUGAUGGCCUCAAGGCUGCAGAGAAGAAGGAUGUAAGGAUAGCGCAACCUCCUCAGCCCAAAAUGAAUGGGCAGCAGCAGCAGCCUGGGAUUAUACCCCAGUACAGAGCAAUGAUACCACCCUAUAUGUUCAAUCAGUAUCCUAAAUUGGCAUAUCCUCCAAUGCCAGGUCCUGGCAGAUUCCCUACUCCACCAGAGGUUAGCAGAGGACCAAGGGGGAGAGGACCCUCUUCAUGGGCCUCAGAAGCUGUUGAACGUCCAUCCAUCCUAAGUGCUACUGAACUGAAAGAACUUGACAAAUUUGAUAACUUGGAUGCUGAGGCUGAUGAGGGCUGGGCUGGAGCCCAAAGUGAGGUAGAUUACACUGAACAGUUGAACUUCAGUGAUGAUGAUGAUCAAGGAAGUAACCAGAAGGAACAGGACAGCAGUAAUGAACAUACAAAAGAUUUGGAGAAGAAAGAUGUUGAGGACCGUAAAUCAUCUGCUUCCCUGCAUUCAGUUGCCUCUAAAGGACCCUAUGGCAAAAGCAAUCAGUUUGAUCAGGAGCGGAGUUUGGCAUCAUCACAAUCGUUAGUACUUGAGAGGACCAGUUCCGGCCUUCAUUCAAAAUCCGUUCUUCAGCAUCCGCUUCCAGAUCGCCUGGCAGGACCAGGACGACAAGGUCCCUUUCCUCCUAGGCCAGUGCCAGAUGAGGAUGAGAUUUGGAAGCAGAGGCGAAGACAGCAAGCUGAAAUCUCUGCAUCAGUUGAACGAGCCCGUAAGAGACGAGAGGAGGAGGAGCGAAGAAUGGAAGAGCAAAGAAAAGCAGCGUGUGCUGAGAAGCUAAAACGACUAAAUGAGAAAUUUGGCUGCGUAUCAAAGCCGCCCCGGGAAGACCCGCUGAAAGAAAAAGUGAAUGAGAAGGAAAGUGAAAAAGAGAAGGAAAAGACAAGAGAAAAGGAGAGAGACAAAAUAAUAGAAAAUGAGAGUGAAGGGGGGAAAAAUCAAGAGCCGGAGAAGGAGGAGGAGAAGGAAGGGGAGAAAGAGGAGAAAGAAAAAGUAGAAGAAGAACCAAAAGCUGAGAUACCUGAGCCGCAGAAAGCAGUCACACCUCCUGUGAUAGUUGAGAAGGCCCCUGAAGACGAAAGCAGCAAUAAUAAGGAAGAGAAAGUACUAAUCUUUGCCUUCCCCCCCCCCCCUCUGUUUUCUCCAUUAAUAGAGAGUCCGGCAGUUUCUGCAGCACAGGAGAGCAGUCACAAUGAAAGAGAAGGUUCCCAUGAAAGUGAGCCAGAUUCAGGUGCUCAGCCUCGCCCUGCUAUUUCCUCUGGCUAUCAAAAACAGUAUCAGAAGUCCUUACCACCAAGGUUUCAGAGGCAACAGGAGCAGAUGAAGCAGCAACAAUGGCAGCAGCAGCAACAAGGGGUCCUGCCACCACAGUCCACGCCAUCGCAGCCUUCGAGUGGCCCUGUCCCCCCACCACAGCAUAGACCACUGUAUCAACCCAUACAGCCCCACCCCCCACACUUGGCUUCUAUGGGGUUUGAUCCACGGUGGCUCAUGAUGCAGUCUUACGUGGAUCCACGAAUGAUGUCAGGAAGGCCUGCUAUGGAUAUGCCUCCCAUGCAUCCAGGCAUUAUUCCUCCAAAGCCACUUCUGAGAAGGGACCAGAUGGAAGGAGCAGGGACUGGUUCGGAUUCAUUUGAUCACAUUUCUCGGUCAGCAAGGGAGCAUGCUAUACCACUGUCUGAAUCACGCAUGAUGUGGGGAUCAGAUCCUUAUCCCCAUACAGAGCCUCAGCAGGCUACCACACCUCCAAAGAUGGCAGAAGAAACUGAAGACCUAAGGCCUGAGUCGUUUCUGGAUCAAGACCAGAUACCUGUUCAAGCUGUUUACUCUGUAGAACCCAAACAGUUGGACUCCCACACGAAGACAGACUUUUUCAAAGAACCUAGUGAAGUGGACAUUCCAAAGACUUCGGGGAGACCUUUGGAAGAUGCACAGUCUCAGCAGACUGAGAUCCCUGUUCCUACAGUUGGCUUUGAAGGAGUUGCAGCAACUAUCACACAGAGCUCUCAGGAAGAGCAGGCUUUUGUAGAAGAGAGCAGUUCGUCCUUGAAGAGGAGCAUUUCUCAUGGGUCAAACCAUUCUCUGAAAUCUGAAGAGCAAGGGAACGAAACACAAGCAAACAUUCCCAAAGCAAGCAGUAGACCCCUUGAGGCAAAAGAACCAAUUGCAGAACGACAGGACAGCAAGCCAAAAAAAGAAGGGUUCACAAGUAAUAGAUUGUCAGAAGGGCCGAAACCUGAAAAACCCUUCAAGCCUAAAUCUGAAACUCGAUGGGGUCCAAGGCCAGGUUAUGGCAGAAGAGAAGAAGGUAGCGACAGGCCAGUGAGACGGUCUGGUCCUAUCAAAAAGCCCAUCCUUCGAGACAUGAAAGAAGAGCGCGAACAAAGAGAAGAACGAGAGCAGAAAAAGGAAAGGGAUGGAGAAAAGCCGGCAAAUGAAAGAGUUGUCAAAGUUGAGAAAAGGGAGCCACUUCAGGUGCCUUCUACCAAACUUGAUCCAGAGAAGACCAUCGCUGAAAGUAAAAAAGUGCCGCCAAGCACACCACAAGCCUCAGUGUGUGCAGAUAGUCCUGUGCAGGCUGCAGUUACUCCUGCUGUUCAGGAGUCCCUUGUACAGCAGGCAACGGAGGUGCCACUUGGGUCUCAGCAGCCCUCUGCAGCCCAGGCACCACCCCCACCAGUAGUUCCCCAGCCACUUAGUCCGCAGACAGCAGUUGAGCCACCUCCCCUUCCUGUUCAGCCGCCGCCAGUUCAGCAGCCGCCAGUUCAGCAGCCCAUCAGCGCAGUAAAGGAAGAAAAACAGGCAGAUAAUAAAGUGAUCAACAACAAAGAACGACCGGUAGAGAAACCUCGUAUGGAAACCAGGCCUGUGAAAAGGGAACCUGGUUUGCCCCCCAGAACCUAUUGGAAAGAAGCUAGGGAUAGGGACUGGUUCCCUGACCAAGGAUAUAGAGGCAGAGGUCGUGGAGAAUAUUAUUCCAGGGGCCGCAGCUAUAGAGGCUCUUAUGGAGGCAGGGGUCGGGGUGGAAGGGGCCACAACAGAGAUUAUCCACAUUACAGAGACACUAAGCCUAGAGUGGAAUAUGUGCCUUCUGGUCCUCUUAGACAGAGAGAAGAGAGUGAAACCCGUAGUGAGAGCUCUGAUUUUGAAGUAGUUCCCAAACGCCGAAGGCAGAGAGGUUCAGAAACCGACUCUGACAGCGAAGUGCACGAAAGCGCAAGUGACACCCUUCUUUCAGACAAGGAUAGCUUGAGCAAAGGUAAACACCCAAAGAGAGAGGAAAAGGCAGAUCUCAGAAAACCUGCCAAAGCCUUGUUGUCUUUCAAGGCUGAAAAUAAUAUCCGAGGGGACAGUAGAAUGCCAGACAAAGGUUUUGUGAGGGAAGAUGAGAACAAGCCCAAACCUGGUUUUCUUCCUAAAGGAGAACCUUCUAGACGUGGCAGAGGCGGUAUGUUCAGGCGUGGAGGCAGAGAUCCAGUUGGUCGUCCACCUCGACCGUCUACCCUUAGGAGACCAGCCUACAGAGACAAUCAGUGGAACCCAAGGCCAAUGGAAAUACCCAGAGUUGAAGAUGGGGAACCCCCACGAAGGCAAGAGCAUUACAGUUCUGUACCACUGGAUAAAAGGCCACCAGCCAAGUUUGAGAGGAAGUUUGACCCUGCUCGGGAAAGGCCUCGAAGGCAAAGGCCGGCACGGCCUCCCAGGCAAGACAAGCCGCCGCGCUUUAGACGUCUCAAAGAAAGAGAGGCCGCCUCAAAGAUAAGCGAAGCCACGACUAGCUCAUCAUCCAGCACUGCAGUGAGCAAUGCUGUUAAUGAGCAACCAAGCACUACAUUGGAUGUUUCAGGGAGUAAGACACCUGACUUGUCCAAUCAGAACUCUUCUGACCAAGCGAAUGAAGAAUGGGAAACUGCUUCUGAAAGCAGUGACUUCAAUGAGAGGCGGGAGAGAGAUGAAAAGAAAUUGGCAGAUGUGACGGCGCAGGUUGCUGUUAAGGCAGGGGAAAGCACCCUAGCCCCCAAGAGGGAAAUAGCCAAAAGAAGUUUUUCCAGUCAGCGUCCUGGGAUUGAUCGGCAGAAUCGCCGUGGCAAUAGUGGACCCCCCAAAUCUGGGCGGAACUUCUCAGGGCCACGGAAUGAAAGGAGAAGCGGCCCACCAAUAAGAAGUGGGAAAAGAGGACCAUUUGAAGAACAAGCACCUGUUGUGGUUAACGCUGAACCAGUUGGUGGCGCUUUACAUCAGGAAGAAAAUGGGAGCACUGCUGCCCUGAAAGGCUCAAAAGACGCCAACAGCAAGAAGCGAGAAGAGUCCAAAGCUGGUCCAAAGAAACCCAAAGAGAAAGUGGAUGCCAUCUCUCAGUUUGACCUCAACAACUAUGCAAGUGUUGUCAUCAUCGAUGACCACCCCGAAGUGACAGUGGUUGAAGAUUCCCAAUCCAACUUGAACAAUGAUGGUUUUACUGAAGUGGUGUCAAAAAAGCAACAAAAACGCUUGCAAGAUGAGGAACGCAGGAAGAAGGAGGAGCAGACUGUGCAGGUUUGGACCAAAAAGAGUUCAAGUGAAAAAGGAAGGGGUCCAAAUUCCAAAUUACCACCUAGGUUUGCCAAAAAGCAACAGCAGGCGACAGCUGCCGCUGCAGCUGCUGCUCAGCAAGUUCAAGCACAAGCGGUGCAACUCCCGCUGCAGUGUAUCUCUCAGAUUCCAAGCCUGCAGGCGUCAGUUCCUCCACAAGCACAGACGACGUGUACAGCAAGCAACAGUACAGAGUAUACGACAACAAGCAAAAAUCUUCAGAACACACCUUCUCAUAAUGCUGUUGGAUCUGAAUUGUGGGAUAAUAAAGUGCCACCCACGGCAGUCCUCACUGACAUCUCUAAAAAAUUGGGGCCAAUUAGUCCUCCACAACCUCCUUCAGUCAGUGCAUGGAAUAAGCCUUUGACAUCAUUUGGAUCAGCUACAUCUCCAGAGGGAACAGCUGCUGGGCCAGAAAGUGGAAUCGAGCUGGGAAUAGAAACCAUUCAGUUUGGAGCUCCAGCCUCUAGUGGGAGCGACAAUGAAGUUGGCCCAGCUUCAGAGAAACUCUCAGAGAAACUCCCUGAGCCUAAAGAACAAAGGCAGAAGCAGCCUCGGGCUGGACCUAUAAAGGCACAAAAGAUUCCAGAUCUCAGCCCUGUAGAAAACAAAGAGUACAAGCCUGGUCCAAUUGGGAAAGAGCGGUCAUUAAAGAACAAAAAGGUAAAAGAGGCUCAGCAGGGGGAGUCUGAAGGACAAGAGAAAUCCAGUCCAACUGCAGUCAGAAGUCCAGACCCCAUUACCUCCAAAGAAGUUAAGGCAGCCUCAGAACUUGGAACUGAAAUCGGAACAAUGAUAUCAGUGUCUGCUACAGAGUUUGGAACAACUCAAAAGGAGUCUGUUACAGAUUACACAACGCCUUCUUCUCACUCCAGUACAGUGGCUACAAGCAGUGCAAAGAUGGAAGAGGCUUUAGUGACAAAUGUGCCCCUGCCCCACACCCUUCCCCUCCCUAGGAGGGAGACUCUACAACAGAGCUCCAGCCUAACUCCAGUUUCUCCCGCUACCGUCGACCUCACCCUCAAGAUGGAGUCUGCUCGCAAAGCAUGGGAAAAUUCACCAAAUGUGGGGGAGAAGAAUUCACCUGUUACUUCAACAGCCCCUCCUAUAUCUGGUGGCAGCAGCGGUGGCGGUGGAGGGGGAAGCAGCAGCAGUGGACCGACCAGUGGCACAUACAGCUCUUUCUCAAGUGCAUCAAUGCCUCCUAUUCCUGUGGCGUCUGUUACACCUACAACAUCAUUGUCAGGAGCUGGGACAUACACUACCUCUUCACUGACUACAAAAACAACCAGCACCUCCGACCCACCAAACAUCUGUAAAGUGAAACCACAACAGCUACAGACCAGUAAUUUGGCAUCUGCCAGCCACUUUUCACAACUAAGCUGCAUGCCAUCCCUCAUUGCCCAGCAGCAGCAGAGUCCACAGGUCUACGUGUCCCAGUCAGCAGCAGCUCAGAUUCCUGCUUUCUACAUGGAUACAAGCCAUCUUUUCAACACUCAGCAUGCACGUCUAGCUCCCCCUUCACUGGCCCAGCAGCAAGGAUUUCAACCAGGACUUUCACAGCCCACUUCAGUUCAACAGAUACCAAUCCCCAUAUAUGCACCUCUGCAAGGGCAACAUCAAGCCCAGUUGGGUUUAGGAGCAGCGCCUGCUGUUUCCCAGGCUCAGGACUUGUUUAAUUCUUCCUUGCAGCCCUAUAGAUCCCAGCAAGCAUUUAUGCAGAGUGGCCUGUCUCAGCCAUCGCCAGUGGUCCUUUCUGGCACAGCCUUGCACAAUUUCCCAGCAGUGCAGCAUCAGGAGCUCGCCAAGGCACAGUCUAGCCUUGCGUUUCAGCAGCCGUCGAACACUCAGCCAAUCCCCAUCUUGUACGAGCAUCAGCUGAGCCAAGCUUCAGGACUGGGAGGCUCCCAGCUUAUUGAUACACAUCUGCUCCAGGCCAGAGCUACUCUUACCCAGGCCUCAAAUUUAUAUUCUGGACAGGUUCAACAACCAGGACAGACAAGCUUCUAUAAUACUGCACAGUCUCCCAGCGCUCUCCAGCAGGUGACAGUACCUAUACCAGGGUCGCAACUUUCUUUGCCCAACUUUGGAUCAGCAGGCCAGCCUUUAAUUGCUCUCCCACAGUCCAUACAGCCUCCACUGCAGCACACACCACCGCAGCCUCAGGCUCAGAGCCUGAGUCGGCCAGCACAAGUUGGGCAGCCUUUCAGGGGGCUGAUUCCUGCUGGCACUCAGCACAGCAUUAUAACUGGGAAGAUGUCAGAAAUGGACCUGAAGGCUUUUGGAAGUGGCAUUGAUGUUAAACCAGGCACACCUCCGGUUACCGGAAGAAGUACCACUCCAACUUCUAGUCCCUUCAGGGCUGCAUCUACAAGUCCGAACAGCCAGUCCAAUAAAAUGAAUACGAUUGUCUACCAGAAGCAGUUUCAGUCAGCCACUGUGCGAAUGGCGCAGCCGUUUCCUCCUCAGUUCACACCCCAGAUCCUCUCUCAGCCUAACCUGGUCCCUCCAUUGGUAAGAGCCCCACAUACUAACACCUUCCCAGCACCCGUUCAGAGGCCGCCAAUGGCACUGGCUAGUCAGAUGCCACCUCAGAUGACCACAGGCCUUAUGAGCCACCCUCGUUUGCCACAUGUGGCCAGGGGUCCUUGUGGAUCACUCUCUGGAAUCAGAGGCACUCAGGCCCAGGCUGCGAUGAAGGCUGAACAAGACAUGAAGGCAAAACAGAGAGCAGAAGUCCUUCAGUCUACACAGAGAUUCUUCUCAGAACAGCAGCAGAACAAACCAACUGGAAGUAAAAUACAGAAAGUGGGUGACAGCGGGAAUAAAACCCCCGAAGCAAUGGCAGAUUCCUCCUCUGGAGCAUGCCAGGAUAAAGUGGAGGACAAACCAAGCCCCACGCCUACAACAGCCCCCAAGCCUGUUAGAACUGGACCAAUCAAACCUCAGGCCAUCAAGACGGAAGAGACAAAGUCAUAAAAUGCUGUGUCUGUCUAUGCCAAUAUGCAGGGAGUAAAAUAGCAGCACAAACCUGUAGCCCAAAGGGCAAGGCAAGUCCCGUCAAGGAUCUGAGUGGCAUAAAGGGACGUAGACACUAAAUUAGCCUUGGCUACUGUGAAAGGCUCUAAAGAUCUGGGGGAUCCUUGGGGCUUUCAGCUCCCAUGCCGCUGCAUGAGUGUCAUCUGUCUGAACCGGGCAGCCCUCCCACUCCCACCUCCCAAGGAUGCAACAUAAAUGCUGCUGGGCCAGUGGUGCAUUCUCUCCUGGUUUGUUCACUGCUGUUUUAUUUUGAGAAGCCAUGUGACCCGAGAGGUAGCGUGAAGAAGGGCCAGUGCUGGAGAGAAAAGGGAGGGGGGAUUUGUUUUAUGUUGCUUGGAGAUCCUUAGAGGAUGCUGAUCCUUCAUAAUGACCUGACAGAUUUCAAUGCAGUCGGUAAGUCCAGACAGCACCGUUAUCAUCUACUCCCUCCCCCACCUUCACGCACACGUGCACCCACAAACGCUCCCCCACUUCAUUCUGUAAAUGUUCUGUGUCAGAUUUCCCGUGAAAAGGCAGGGUAUGGCUGCUGCGAUGGUUUGAUAUGGUGCUGGAUUCGACAGAAAAGAAAAGGAAAAGUUAAACAGCUCCCAUGUUACUCUGAUACCAAAAUCACCCUUUAGGAGGCAGAAAAACUCUUGGUGUUGCCAGUCACGUUGAGCUGUGGCUCACUGGUAUGGGGUGGGAGGGGGUGGGUUAAAGAAGCCCUUGGCCUUCAAACGGUUCUCAGCUUAUGUCUGUAUAGCAUCAAGCACUUGACCUUGUGCCGCAAGGGGAGAGCCUUCUCUUAAAUGUGGCACGUUCUUAUAUCAGAAGCUGUUAUCGCACCUCCUUCCUGUUCACUGUGUGCUGGGAAAUAGAAUCAAGUCAAAUAAUGCCUUUUUAAAACCUGUAUCUUCUAGUAUUAUAGCUGUAGGAGAGUACUCUAUAAUAACUUCUGUGAAUGUAAAAUAUCCCAUACCUGCUUAUAAUAUAUGUAGUUGUGACUGUGCUAUAGCAGAGCUGUUUUAAUGAUGUUACUCUAGACCUUUUUCAGGCAAAUUGAUUGGGAAGCUGAUAAAGAGAGCACCAGGUACCACACCAGUAAUAGAAUUGGCUAGUUUUUUUUUCUUUGAGAAUUCCUCUUCUUUCCUCUCCCCAAUUUUUUUUUUCUUUCUUUUCUUUUCUUUUUUUGGAACAAAGUGAACUAAAAGUCUAAUGUGUAUAAUUUUGUUCAGAUGAUGGCAAAAGCUGGAAAAGUCUGUUGCUGCUAUUGAUGCCUAGUGAAAUGCUAUUGGUUAUCUUUUUUAUAUAAAUAUUAUAAUUUGAAUUUUUUGGAAACUUAGCUGUGAUGUCAGCUUUUGGGGGGGAACGAAAAGAUAUCCACUUGUACUGUGAGUUGGCAUUGUACAGAAAUUAACAGCCAUAUUGGUCUAGAAAUGUUUAAACUUUUUUUUUUCCAUUUGUACAGGGGUAACGCACUGUAUUAAAUAUGUAAGGUCUUAUUUACAAUGGGUUUGAUUACAGAAACUAAUAAAAUAUUCUCUAAAUAAAA